UUCUUUGGGAGGGUUAGCGCCCUAAAGUUUCUGUUUUUGGUUUCACUGCCAUCGGAGCCGCGAACGGAGAGAGCGAAGGCGGCCAAGUCUCUUUUGGGAAGCCAUGAAUAGGCUUCGAAGUUCUAGGGCCAUUGCUACGCCUCUGAUUCGGAACCCUCAGAUCAUCUCUUCGUGGAACUCAAGAUGUGCUACGGUUUUUCCUUAUAGAUUGCUCUCUACUGAUGCUACAGUUUCAGGGCAAACUAAUGAGGGUAAAUCAUCAGAAGGUUCUUCUUCAUCUUCUUCUUCAUCUUCAAACGAAGGAGGGAAGCCUGUCCGAGGAGGGCCUGUUUCUUGGUUGAGUCUUCUGUUGCUUAUGGUGACUGGAGGAGGGAUAAUUGUUUACUAUGAUAAUGAGAAGAAGCGGCAUAUUGAAGAUCUGAAGAAGGGUUCAACUGAACCAAAGCAGGGACCAUCAGCAGGAGUCGCUGCCAUUGGUGGUCCAUUCAACCUUGUGAACCAAGAUGGAAAAUCAGUAACUGAGAAAGACUUUCUGGGGAAGUGGACAUUGAUCUACUUUGGGUUCACUCAUUGCCCUGAUAUUUGUCCUGAUGAACUUCAAAAACUAGCUAUUGCUGUUGACAAAUUGAAAGAAAAAUCUGGGAUGGAUAUUGUGCCUGUAUUCAUUUCAGUGGAUCCUGAGAGAGACACAGUUGAGCAAGUACACGAGUAUGUAAAAGAAUUUCAUCCAAACUUAGUUGGUUUAACUGGUACACCUGAUGCUGUUAGACAAGCUGCUCGUGCUUAUCGAGUCUACUAUAUGAAGACUGAGGAGGAGGGUUCUGAUUAUCUUGUUGAUCACUCAAUUGUCAUGUACUUGAUGAGCCCAAACAUGGAGUUUGUGAAAUUUUUUGGCAAGAACUACGACGCAGAUGCUCUAGCUGAAGGAAUAGCUAAAGAGAUAACAGUGCAUAAAGGCCAAUGAAAGGGUGGUUUCUUGUCUUCUAACCUUGCCAACAUUAUGAGUUUUGCUUGAUAGAAUUUGUCUCUUCAUGAGCUUGGAUUUGUCAUCUUGGUAUUUGAUGAUUUCUGAGGACUAUUCCAUAAAUGUAACCAAAAUACACUGAGUAUAUUUGAAUUUCAUCUGUUUAUGUGUUGCAAUAUUAUGUGUUG